GUAGAUGGCGAAAAAUUUAUAACGUCUGUUUCUCAGUCAAGAAUAUUGUUACAGGCGGAGGAGACGCGAAAUUUUUUCUGAGAUUGCGAACACCAAGAGAUGCAAAACCGGAUCGGUAUCGAAAGUAACUGUUACAGUGAAAGACCAAAAUGGCGUAUUAGUCUACAAAGAAUGUUUAUUGGCGGUUUCAGCAAAACAAGCUCCAGCUAUGGAAUCAUUUAAAAUCACAAGUAACAUCAACACUAGGUUUGCAGAGACUAUUGUACAAAGCAAAUUUGUCAACGAUGGUUGGGUAUCAAAAGAAUCUGUAUUUUCUAUUGUAAUUCCACCAAAUGCAUUUAUAACUGAUUUUACCAUGACUGUUGACGGAGAUACAUUUUCAGGAGAAAUCAAGCAAUUAGGAGAAGCAAAAACGUUUUACGAAAUUGGAAAGCGCGAAGGUCUUUCUUUUGGACAUUUGUCUUCUCAAGAUGAGGGUUCAAAAAUAUUUCAAACUUCACUAAAUUUGCGAGGAGACGAAGACGUUGUUUAUCAAAUCAAAUAUCAACAACCUUUAGUCCGAUCGGUUGGAAGAUAUCAUCACGAAAUCAAUGUGCAGCCUGGACAAGCCGUCAAGUCGUUUGAUAUUGAAAUUAAUAUUUGGGAAAGUUUGCCUUUAAGUGAUCUUAAAGUUUUGAAUUUCCGCACAGAACAAAGCAGUUUGUCCAAGGGAAUUCAUUUGAAAGGAACAAAGAUUUCUGAAUCAGGAAAUUCAGCCAAGAUAACGUUCUCGCCUACGAUGGAACAACAAACACUUUUAUCACCAAACGGACUGAAUGGAAAAUUUGCUAUUCAAUAUGAUCUUGUUCGGCCAGGAGAUAAAAUUAGUGAAAUGGUUGCGUUCGAUCAGAAUUUUCUCCAUUUCUUCGUACCUAAAUAUGAACCAAUGAACAAGAGAGUAGUAUUUUUGUUGGAUAAUUCCGGAUCGAUGUUUGGAAGAAAAUUGAUGCACAUGAAAAAAGGCAUGAACAAAAUUCUUGAUGAAUUAAAUUCUGAAGAUUCUUUUGCAAUUUUAAUGUUCAACUCAAAAGUACAAAGUUGGGAUCCACAUCCUGGUGAAGAUAGUCGUAGCAUCAUGGUAAAAGCAACUGCCGCAAACAUCGCUGCGGCCAAACGAUUUUUGAAUUCCGUUACAGCUCAGGCAGGAACGGAUUUACUGAAAGGACUCGAAGCAGCUAUAAAUGUUAUUGAUGGAUAUGUUGAAGAUGAAGACAUAAAUUCGCACUUUUCAACUGAUUAUGUUUUUGUUUUGACGGAUGGCGGUCGAUCUCAACAAGAAGAAAUCGGUACAGAUACUGUGAUCAGUACGAUAACAAGUUUUAACAGCAAUAAAUUUGGCAUUCAUAUUACUGGUUAUGGCGCAAUGGCCAAUUCCAAAGUAUUAUCAUCGAUCGCCCAUAAAAACCAGGGAACAUUCAUUCAAAUACAUGAAGAUAUUGAUGCUAAUGUACAGAUUAAUAAUUUCUUCAAAACAAUCGCAUAUCCAGUUCUACGCGAGGUUCAGAUUCGUUACCCAAGUGGACGACUUAUACCAACAACUGCACUAAAUUUUCAACAAUAUCAGAAAGGAACAGAAAUCGUCGUAGCUGGUGAAUUUGCGGAUACUCCUAUCUGUGUGAUUAAAACAGACGCCACAGGAGAAGACGAUGAAGUCGACGUGACAUUUUCUGCAAAAACCGAUGGUGAAGACGUCUACUUGGAAGAAAGUCUUUUCCCCACUUGCGAUGAAAAUGAGGAUGAGUUGCAAGAUUUAAUCGAGAGACAAGAAAACUACCUGAAACUCGUAGAAACUCUAAAAGAAUUGGAGAACGAAACCGAUCCUACGAAACUUGAUGAGUUGAAAGAAAAAGUAACUAAUAUAUCAAGAGAAAACAGUUUUGUGGUAAACGAUUAUACCACAUUGGUAGUUUCCAAACCAGGCAAUCUAAAAGAAGUUGACGAUACAAUCGCUUCUGAAAUUGAGGAAGAAACACAACGACUUCAAGAGGCAUCUACAACACCUGUUCCAACCACCAUUCCUAUUACAACUAGAAGCGUACCUGAAGGAUCCGUUGUAACUCCAGCGUUCGGACGAAUUCCGUUUUCAACGAUUAUUCCUUUUACCGCUUCGCGACCUAGCUUAUUAUUUUUUGGAGAUCCCCAUUUUGUUAUUGAUAUUGAAGAACAGAUUACUUUGUGUUUUAACUGGGAAGGACAAGAUGGACAAACAAUUAGCCUCCUUCACGACCAAGAAAAAGGUAUUACAGUGAACGGAAAACUUGUCACAUCAAAGGCCCCAGGCAAAAGCGUUCGAUCGAGUCGUACGUACGUAAACAAGAUUGGAAUCAACAUACAUGAGCUGAACAUGACCAUAGUUAUAACUUCGAAAGAAGCUGUAUUUCGGACGGCUGAAGGUGUCAGAAAAUCGUUAGUGUUCGGAAAAUACGGAACAACACGUUACAAAGGUGUUGUAUUAAAAGUGAAUCCAGUUACAAAGUUCAGAUCAACUCUUUUCGUCCAUAUAAAGAGAAAAGUCGUUUUCAGAGUGAUCAGCAGAAUAAACUCAAAAAGCAAAUUUGUGAGAGAUCAUCUAGAUUUCGCAGUUCUUAGAGGAGAUGGUUUGACAGAGAAUGCGGUUGGUGUUUUGGGACAAUUUUCCAGGUUUAAAACAAAAGCGAAAGUACCGGCAAGCAUAGAUUUUAGAUCGGACGGCAAAACAGCAGUGUUGUGGUACAGGCACAAUCCAAUUGAAGUUUCCUAUCAUACGCUGAGAGACUAUAAUCUGGACAGAGAUGUAGAAUGUUGGUAUAUGGCUGAUAAAGGUCAAUUGUGGGAGAACGAUGGUGAAAAGUUUGUAGUGAAAGGCAUUCUGGAUCCACCUGAAAUGCAAAAAAUAGAUCAUCGAUGACCGAACUAUGGUAUAUUUUAGUUUAAGCUUCAGUAGGUGGUGUUGUCUCAGUAGCAUAUUCAAUAUCAUAUUCAACUGUUUUUGUGGUAGAUUUGUAGGUUAUAAUUUUUGUUUAUGAACCUACCAACUGCAACAAGGCGAUGGCGAAAUAUGCCUGUCAUUUGUUCCAAGCGAAGGCCAAUAGCAAUAAAAGUGUAAAAAAAAACUCAAGCGCUUCUACAAGUUUUUACAAAAUUUUGAAGGGUGAAUACGUCAUUUUCUACAGAUUUGAAUUUUUUAUGAACUUGCAAACUUAAAAGUGAUCGCUUCAUUGAGAAUUAGGUUACAUUUAAUAAUAAUGUCUUUUCGAUCCAAAACUGCCCCUCUUGAGUCAUAUUUAUCAAAUCCGUCGACGUAUGGAAACAACGCCUACUUAGCGCUAAAUAUUUCUAUUCAGCAUUAUUAACGUUUUUAUUGGUUUAUUAUAGACUUUCAUAUUUUCUGAAACCCCUGUAACACUGAUUUUAUUUAUUGUGCAUGUACUGCUGUAAUAAUUUGUUUCAUAUCGAAAAUAAAAAUAACUUUGCUAUUGCGAUAAA